CCUGGGUUCACCUUCAGUCGCCUUCUGUUUCUCACUUGAUCUGAUUUGACCUAGGUAUAUCUCUGAACCUGGCACAGUUGAAAUUAUUUAGAUGAUGUCCGUCGAUCGGCGAUGGUAAUUCCACCCACCUACCCACCUACAUAUCUUUGCAAGUUCUUUCUUAGUGCUGAACAAGCAAGCGUUGCUGCGAUUAAAAGCAACAGAGCUUUUACUCCAUUAUACCCCAAAGACCGCUUGACUGGAGUUCGAACGAAGGCUUGGAUCGAGCUGGAAAGGAAAAAGGAGAUGCAGUAAGUAAUAUAUACAGAAAUAUAAUUAUUCCCAAACCAAAUAAAGUGGUACAUUUAAAUCGAAGCAGACUUCCUUCCCCCGGCGUAACGACCUCGUUUCUACAUGUACAUAUGAACAGUUUCUG